AUGGCGCCUCGCCGUAGGCCCGCUAAUCAACCGGCACAACCGAAUCAGGGAUUUCUGGAUGCCAUGUAUGCUGCCUUUCAAGGCAUGGCCACUAAAGCUCAAAACGAGCGGCCGGUUGAGGAUAGGAAGCAAGGUUACUUCCAAAAAUUUAGGUGUGAGCCUAUCCCCUCGUUUAAUAGUGAGGGAGGACCCCAGGAGGCAGAGUUCUGGUUAGACUCUAUUGUCAAGCAUUUGAGUACUAUGGGAGUUCCAGAUGAAUACUGGGUAGAAUUUGCAGUAUACAAGAUGGAUGGCUUAGCGAAUACUUGGUGGAAACAGGUCAAGAGAAGAAUAGAUGUUGCAGGACUGACCUGGGAGCAGUUUGAGACAUUGUUCAAUGAGCAGUACUUCCCUAAGAGUUAUAGGGAUGAAAAAACGUUGAAAUUCAUGUCUCUCCUGCAAGAUGAUAUGUCUGUAAGGGAGUAUGAGGCCAAGUUUAACGACCUAUCCCGGUUUGCUCCAUCUUUGGUGGAAUCUGAACACCUUAGAUGUCUUAAGUUUGAAAAGGGCCUUAAGAAUUCUGUGAGGAGGUCAUUGGUGGCUUUAAGGAUUCAAAAUUUUCAGGAUUUAGUAGUUGCUGCUAUAACGGUGGAACAUGAUAACUUGGCCUAUCACCAAAGCAAAGAGGCGACUGGUCGGGUCUCUGUCUCUGGUAGACCCUCUGUUUCAGGUGGGCCACAGCAGAGUGGUAGAAGAAACUGCAACCAGGGAUAG